UGUAAUAUUCGAUAGACACAUUAUUGGACAUACAAUCCUCGAUGUCUGGCUUUUACAAUCGAUGAUUGACAUGUAAUUUUGAUUUUUUUUCUCUCUCAGUGUUCCAAGAGUUUGUUCGGUGCAGCAAUAAGGACAUUGAACAGAUCAUCAAGAAUGAGAUGUCUGGAGACGUGAAACAGGCCAUGUAUGGCAUAGUUCGCAGUGUGAAGAACCAGCCUCAUUACAUUGCAGAGCGCCUGUACAAAGCCAUGAAGUGUAUUGGCACAGACGACAGGGCUCUGAUCCGCAUCAUGGUCUCACGCAGUGAAGUCGACCUUUUCAAUAUCCGCAAAGAGUUCAAGGAGACUCACGACUGUUCUCUCCAUGAAUUCAUCCAGGUAGAAACCAUGGUUGGUGAUACCACAGGGGACUACCGUAAGACCCUGCUGAUGCUGUGUGGAGGACAAGACUAGAACCAGAACCACCCAGCAGGCUUCCAGAAGGCUCUAGAACACUCUAGAACCAGAACCACCCAGCAGGCUUCCAGAAGGCUCCAGAACACCAGUGGAGCUUCUGGAAAACUCUAGAACACCAACUGAAGCUGUCAAUCUACCGGUCAACUGUGCUGUGUAUACAUCCCAUUGAACCCAGUGGGGAUAGUCAGUCUGCUCUGUUUGUCCCUCACCGCUGCCACUCCUCUGCCAAAGUGACCUAUGACCUCAACAGCCUCCCCACAGAGUCUCUGUUCCUUUCUUCUUUCCUAGCUUUCUUCAAGUAAACACAGAUCUAAAUUGGUUCAAGUGAUGUUCAUAACCUUGCUAUGCUUACACCUAUCCAUAACUAAUGAUGCAUUUUUAAAGUAUUGGAACAUUGGAGCU